ACCAGUUCUACAAAGAUAGUUUGUGUUUGUGUGUGCAAGCAUACAUUUCGCGAUGCGUCCGUUUUCAAUCCCCGUAGUCUUCGCGUACUUUGUUUUAUGUUGUAGUUUCGUCACCGAGUCCGUUUCGUCGUUUAACUUGACCAUCCUGCACACCAACGACGUGCAUGCCCGGGUACAGGAGAUGAACGCCUUCGGGGGGAGGUGCCGCCCCGGCCGCCCGUGUUACGGCGGGUUCCCCCGGCUGGGGGCCAAGGUCGCGGAGGUGCGGGGUCGGGACGACAAUGUCUUGCUGUUAGACGCAGGAGAUCAGUUCCAGGGAACGCUUUGGUACUACUUCUUCAGAAGUCCAGUCGUGGCACAACUCAUGAACAAAGUCAAGUACGACGCUAUGGCUAUCGGGAACCAUGAGUUUGAUGACGGCGUACCGGAGUUGUCCACGUUUCUCCGUCAGGCAAAUUUCAGCGUGGUGAGCGCCAACAUCGAUGCCGCCAGGGAACCGGAGUUCCAGUCUCUCUUCAGUCGCUCAGUGACCCUGAACGUGAGUGGUGAACUUGUCGGGAUUGUAGGCUACACCACUCAGGACACUCCCGCUAUAUCUAAACCAGGUGAUACUGUGUCGUUUACAUCGGUGGUGACGUCAGUGCAGACUGAAGUGGACAGACUGACUCAGCAGGGGGUCAACAAAAUCAUCGCGCUUGGACACGCCGGUAUCCACGUGGACACGGAGGUGGCGUCACGUGUGCGGGGCGUGGACAUCGUGGUGGGAGGGCACACCAACACUUUCCUCUACACAGGGCAAGCACCAAACAUAGAGGACCCGGCUGGCGCUUACCCUGUUGUGAUCCGUCCUGACCACGCCCCCUCGCGUCCCGUGUUGGUAGUGCAGGACUACGCCUUCGGGAAGUACCUGGGUUACCUCCGAGUGACGUUUGAUGACGCAGGAGAGCUGAUCCACUGGGAUGGGAACCCGAUCCUGUUAGACGAUACUGUUCCUAAGGACCCUGACGUCUUUGCGCUGGUGCAGACCCUAGAGGCCGGCCUGAUCAACAAAACGUCAGAGAGUAUCGGCAGCACGCACGUCUUACUGGAUGGGAGCUGUCGCUUAGGGGAAUGCAAUCUGGGUAACCUGAUCACAGACUCGAUGCUGCACCAGAACAACAAACACCCGGACGAAGUCGGUUGGAACGACGUUGGCAUCGCCAUUCUAAACGCCGGCGGGAUCCGGUCAACUAUAUCCCAAGGUUCCGUCACUGUGGGAGACAUUGUCGGAACGCUGCCCUUCCAAAACACCAUCGACAUCGUGGAGCUGCGCGGGGAGGACGUCAUCCGGAUGUUGGAGCACUCCGCCAGUGUGAUCGGCAAUCCCAGGUUCCUCCAAGUUUCCGGUCUCCGUGUCACCUAUGACGAAGCCCAGCCGGUUGGACAGAGAGCGGUGAAGGUGGAAGCCCGCUGCAGCAAGGACUGUCUCGUACCGGAGUUUCGCCCGCUGAACGUGUCCGCUCUCUACAGGAUCAUCAUGCCGACGUUUCUAGCGGACGGAGGGGACGGGUACACCAUGAUAGCGGAGAACAAGACUGCGCACCACAUACCAGGUGAUUUAGACACAGACAUCCUGAUAGAGUACAUCGCUGCUCUCUCCCCGCUGUCUGUCGGACUGGAGGGGAGACUGCGGAUCAUCAACUCCUCCCAGACUCCGGCUGAGAACUGCAGGGACGUACCGACCUCCGCUUCUGUCACAUCGCCUUCUGUAACCCACAAUGGCGCAAUGCGUACUCGUCCGGAAGGUGACAAUGACAGGCGUGACCAUGACCAGGUCGCGGCCAUCGCCGUGGGUGUCGUUGUCCUCGUCUGCGUCGUCGCCGCCAUCGCGGCCUGUGUCGUUCUGCGCAUGCGUCGCCGGAGAAAGGGGUUUGACAUGACAGCUGCGUCGUACGGCAUGGGUCACACCAACCCAGCCGUCGUCAUGGAGACGGGGAAUUCCAAGUGAUCAAAGAUUCCGACGAAUCACCCUCAUUCCUCAUGGUCCUUGUUAGGCUUAGGUCCCAAUUCCCAACCCGGGGCCCGGCCGGGUAGCUUUCGGAAACGAAAAAUAUUAUAUAAAAGGCAACAAAACUUCAACUUGUAACCCGGACAUGUAAAACUGAAACAUUCUCAUUCUCUUACUGUAGUCGUAUUGCCGUCAUCUGGAACAAUUUACCACUAGACAUCCGCCAACAUAUGUAUUCUAACCUCACUCUACAGUCAGUUAAAAAAUUCUUGAUUUCAUAUUAUAGAUCCCGAUUAAGCGACACAUUUACUGUUGAUAACUUAUGUACCUGGAUAACCACCUGCAGAUGCUCAUUAUGCAUAGCGACAU